GGCCCGCUCGCCUGUUCAGGUGACACAGCUUGAGCAAGGGACCUUUUACCGGUUUGCGACAGUGGCCAGAAGGUCAAGAGGAGGUGCGCUUCUUGUACAGUGACCGACUGUUCUGCACUGCGUCGUUCCGCCGCAGAAGGUCUAUAAUUCAGCACGCGCUUGUUAUCCGGGCUUAAGUUUCCAAAGAUUACAUUUACCAGGACCUUUCGCGGCUCGAGAUAGCACGCGGCCUGCCAAAGAACGCUUUGAAUGCAGCUUUGACUCGGCCCGAGACUAAAGCGUAGGCCCCAACCACCGGCGUCAUAAUUACUUUUGGGGCGCGUUUCCGUGGAAAAGUCUGGGCAUUAGGAGGGGUGAAGAAACCGCCUAAAUAGGGACUGGAAUAUUGCGAUUCUAAGAUAUGGCUCGCAACAUCCAGCAAAUAAGGGAUCGCGACGGUGAAGGGACGCCUUCCAAGAACAAUGACGAAGGAGAGAACUCGGGUCUGCAAGUAGUUGUCUUGGGUCCAACUGGGGGGCCUCGCGAAGAUCGGGUCACCGGCAUGCUGGUUCGCUCAACAUCGACUAAAUGGUCGACAAACUCGGUAAUUGCGGUGGAUGCAGGUACACUUCUUUGUGGGAUCAUCAAUGCUCUCGAGCCUUGCGACAACCACCAAGCUGUCUUAGAUUGCGGACCCUUCAGCGGCCUCGAGCUGCCCUUCAACAAUGCUCCUGCGAACGCAGCACACAUCUUCCGCCAUAUUAUUGGUGCUGUCCUGAUUACACACCCCCACCUGGAUCAUGUGUCGGCAUUCGCAAUCAACACGCCGGCCUUGGAAGCAGGAAAUGGGGCGACAACAAUCGCUGCUCUACCAUCGGUGGUCACUGCCAUCAAAACUCAUAUUUUCAACGAUGUGAUCUGGCCAAACCUCUCCGAUGAGGAGGGGGGCGCCGGCCUGGUCACAUAUCAGCGGCUACGCGAGGGAGGUGAGGCGAUGUUGGGAAUUGGUGACGAGAGAGGUUACAAGAGAGUCUGUGAGGGAUUGGUAGCGAAAUGCUUCGGUGUCAGCCACGGAAGCUGUAGACUACAUGCUCCCACCGAUAGCGAUGUCCACCACCGACUGAGCAGCGCAGCUUAUGGCUCGGGUCCGAUGAAACUAAAUCCGGGGGGCUUCUCGUUCUCCAUUGAGGAGUCAGACAAUGGAUACUACUCCCCGGUGGACUCGCCUGGACUUCGGGUUCCCGGAAAAGAGAAAUGGACGACUGUGGAAAGCUCUGUCUUUUUCAUCCGUUGCCCAGCCUCGAAACGAGAAGUGAUGAUAUUCGGCGAUGUUGAACCCGACUCGCUUUCCCGGAACCCGCGCAACAAGCGUGUCUGGGAAGUAGCGGCUCCGAAGAUCGCCAGUGGGCAGCUAAGGGCUAUUUUUAUUGAAUGCUCUUAUAACGAUGACGUUGAAGAUGACUAUCUCUACGGACAUCUUUGCCCAAGACAUUUAAUAUCGGAGUUGACUGUGUUGGCCAGCAUUGUGAAGGAGAACAAAUUCCCGGAAAACGAUGCGACCAAGAAACGAAAACGUGCUUCCGCUCCUGACGUGGGCACAGAUGUACCUCUUAGUCCGAAAUCCAAGAGAACAGCUCUUGCAGGAGACAAGGGCCAAAACAAUCGCCGAGGAUCCAACCGGAGCACGCGUCGUCAUACCCGUGCCAAGGCAGCAUUCGAUGAGCCCGAUGAGAAAAUGGAGGGAAGAAGGCUCACUGUAUCGCAACCUGCGACUGAUGUCGGGAUCAACACCCAACUCGCCGAGAGCUCGGACCCUCUCACAACGCAUACAUGGCCAGAGCCACCUUUGGCCGGGCUACGAAUCUAUGUCAUCCACAUCAAGGACCAGUUGACUGACGGGCCCCCUGCCGCGGAACGCAUUCUUCAUGAACUCCAAGCGCAGGGGAAAUCCGCUGGGCUGGGUUGUGAGUUUCGUGUUCCUGAGCGCGGGGAAAGCAUCUUCAUCUAGACUGCUGGUAAUACCAGUCUUCACCUACUUUAGGCUGUGUCGAGGCAUCUGGCCAAUGCGCAGAAACCUGGUUUGGGCUUCCGAGGCUGAAUU